UUGUCCCAAAGUUUGAAAACAAAAAUAUUUUGCAUUUUUGUAACAUCGCAGUUAGAGACAAAAUCAGAAACCUCUCCAUUUCUCUCUACACAACAACACAACCAUGCCUAGGAAGAAGAUGAGAAGAACAAAGAACCAGAAAAGGAAAAUCAGCUUGGAUGAUGAUGAGAAUAUUUCUCAGUCUGAGUCAUCUACCAACAAGAACAACCAGUCUGACUCUUGGGAGUGUCCUGUCUCUGUUAAAAAGAAUUUAAUUCCGAACCCGACGACAACUUUUAAUCGCCGCGGCACCUUGAGAUCCUCCACAAGGCUUAAUAAAACUGGAACAUCGUCUCUGCGAAGGUCCUCAAGAAGACAUUCUUCUGCCCCUGUUGACAUCCAACAACAUGAUGAUACAUCCAAGUCCAACACUAUCAAUUCUGCACAUCAAGUUUCAGAAGGUUUGGAAUGUCCUGUCUCUGCUAAAAAGAAUUUAAUUCCGAACUCGAGGACAACCUUUAAUUGCCACCGCACCUUGAGAUCCUCUACAAGGCUUAGUGAAACAGGAACAGCAUCUCGGCGAAGAACCUUAAAAAGACAUACUUCUGCCCCUGAUGAGAUCCAACAACUUGAUGAUACAUCCAACACUAUGAAUUCUGCUCAUCAAGUUUCAGAAGGUUCGGAUCAAGUAGAAAUACAAUCCCCUUCGAGAUAUUUAGUAUCAGUUGCAUAUCCUCACACCAUCGAACCAGAGUUUGGACAUAAAGAGGCUGAAAAUGUUGAAAAUUCAACACUGGCUGAACCGAAUAUGAUGGAGGAAGUUGGUGAGGCUGAACCAAAUAAGAUGGACGAAGUUGGUGAGGCUGAUGAACCGAAUAAUAUGAUGGACGAAGUUGGUGAGGCUGAUGAACCGAAUAAUAUGAUAGAGGAAGUUGGUGAGUCUGAACCAAAUACGAUGGAGGAAGCAGUUGAGGCUGAACCAAAUACGAUGCAGGAAGAAGGUGACGGUGAGGCUGAAAAACCAUUCUCCAUUCAUGCUGGAAAAAAGACAUUUGAAUUAGGUGAGGCUGGAAUUUCACUGUCCAAUCAUUCAAAUGAAUUGGCGGGACAAAAUACAUUUGUAACAGUGGAACCACAUUUGGGACAUAAUGAGGCUGAAAUUGUUGGAAAUUCAACUAUAGGUAUACCAGAGAAGGUAGGGCAAUUAGGCGAGUCUGAAAUGCCAUUGGCCGAUCAUACAAAUCAAAGGGAUGGAAAAAAUACAUGUGAAGCAGAGGAAAUUCAAGCCUCAAAUAAGUUUGAGAAAAUAAUAAAUAAGAAUCAUAGAAAGUCUAUUUCACGGGCUGGCUGUACGUUCCCAUCUUUCAGCCUCAAACUAACUGAAGUGGUUGGCAUGGUACAAAAUGAAGAUGGUGUUGAUUCUGAAAUACAAAGCCAACCUGAGGACACAGUUAAUGGAUAUCAAGUGAAGCCGGAAUUCAUGCCGAUACUAAGAAAUAUUAUCAACAAACAUGGAGAUAUUGCUAAGAAUUGCCUGGCAAAGUCGGUGAAAUACCGUUCAAAGUUGUUGGAGUUGAUCUGUGAAAUCAUAUCUGAGUUUGAAAUGAAGAAUAUUAGCAAAAUCAAAGAAAGUGUCUUGAAAAGCAAGAUCGAUCUUGUGGAUGAAAUAAAAAAUAUGAAAGUGGAGGUUGAAUGGCUUCGUAGGAGGCUAGCUGAGGUAGAUGAUGCAAGGGAUAUUCUGAAGCAGUUUGCUAUGCUGAAAGAGAAAACAGACAAUAAUAGGAAGCUCAUUGAAGAUGCUAACAGUGAAUUGUUAGAAUGUGAAGAACAGAAGAAGGAAUUGUUAGAGAAGUUGGAUGCAAUACGUGAUAAAGAGACUGCUUGCAAACAGAGAUUGGCCAUUGCGACAGAUGAUUCUACCAAGAUAUCUCGAACAGUCAGGUUUGCCAAAUCAAAAGUCGGGCGCUUUCUGAAUUCCUCAGUGAUGGAUGGUUUGAUUUAAGAUUUGCCAAUUUCAUCUUUAUUUUUCUUCUUUCUUUAUUUUAGUGGUUUUAGGACUGCAUAUUUUAUUUAUAACCAUUUUGAUUUUAAGACUGCUGUAUCCCAACUCAUGCAUCACUUACAAAUACUCCUGGAAUUUGGUUGCAAAUGUGUAAGAUGCCAAGUAUUUAAGCAUGUUAAUUUGAAUUUCCAUAUGAACA